UUCAAGGCGGGUAGUCAAAGUGUGGCUUAGGAUCUACAAAAAUGUCCAAUAGGUAAAAAUAGGUAAGGAUGAAAUUAGGAAAGGACGGUUACUCGAUAGCCCGGUAUAUCUCCGGCGGAUAUUCCCGUAAACCAAUCAAACCCUAUGCAACAGUCGGUUUAUCAUCCGUACUAUGUAUUGUAAUAACCCACCUAAAAGCUCGAACAAUGCGCUAGUUGCGUCAUUGCCACUGAUUGAUAAUCUACGGCUACUCUUAUCGGCGUAAUUCGGCAAACGUCUACCUACAAUAAUCGCGCCUCCGAUUUCACCUAAGAUUCAGUUUUCGUCUUAUACCAAAAUAUACCAGACAAAAAUAUUCCCAGCCGCAAGUAAUUAUCGUUACGUGUUUUGAAGUUAAUUGACCACAAAGGCGAUCAGAAUAUCCACGAGGGCGACUAUGCCUUCAAGUCGACUCGUCCGGCCGGCAGCGGCUCUGCUGUCCGCAGGGACAAGAAAAGUCCGGCCCGCUACUUGCGGCCGGCUCUACGAAGCUGCGCGGCAUGCGCAUACAAGUUCACAGGCGUUGGGUAUAUCAGCGAGGUCGAGGCCGGUACUACAAACAGCCUCGAGGUCACCAGCGAUAGCGCCGCGGGGCGUGCGAAGUAUUUUCAUCCAGACCGAGACCACGCCGAACCCGGAUGCGCUCAAGUUUUUACCGAAUCACAGGGUGGUGCCCGCGGAAGUUGCCACGCCUUUCAUCGAGUACCUAAAUGCGCGGAGUACGAUCGCACCGCCAUACCCGUCGCCGCUUGCCGCGCAGUUAAUGAAUAUCGACGGGGUGACGUCCGUGUUCUACGGGCCCGACUUCAUCACGGUGACGAAGUCGCCCGAUGCCAAUUGGGUACAUAUCCGGCCGGAUAUUUUCAGCUUAAUCACUGAGGCUAUAACGUCGGGACAAGAAAUUGUCACUGUGAGCAACAAAGAGGGUGGGGAUGAGGGUCAGGAGGUGGGAGAGGAGGACAGUUUGAGCUAUAAUGAAAACGAUAGUGAAGUCGUGGGUAUGAUCAAAGAACUACUCGAGACUCGAAUAAGACCCUCUAUCCAGGAAGAUGGCGGAGAUAUUGAAUUCCGUGGGUUUGAGAAUGGGUAUGUGAACUUGAAGCUCAGGGGAGCGUGCAGGACUUGCGAUUCGAGUACUGUCACUUUGAAGAAUGGUAUUGAGGGAAUGUUAAUGCAUUAUAUUGAGGAGGUCAAAGGUGUACAUCAAGUAAUGGACCAAGAGGAAGAGAUCGCGAUCCAGGAAUUUGCAAAGUUCGAAGAGAAGCUUCGAGCACAAAAGGGGCCAGAUGCAGCACCGACUACACCUGGCAAGGACUCGUUGGAUUCGGUACCUGGAUAAAGCCAGAGAGACAUGCUUCAUCCGAUGUAUGAUUAGAGCGUCGUCCCAAGUACGUCAUCUAGAAGAAAUGAGAAUACCCUGGUGUUGGUUUUUUUUGGGAUGCAACUUGGGUUACCAACCUAGCUAGGUUUUGUGACAAUCUCGUAUCUUCAGCAGAGUUUACAUCUGCCCGUGAGGCUGGGCACCGCCGGCACUAACAUCGGUGUUUCUGCGCGAGGGCCAAUGUGGUCACCGGCCUGGCGA